GAGGGGAGAGCGGGAGAGGGGAAGCCGCCGCCGCCGCUCUGUGCUACUGACACACAUACAGCGUGCGGGAUAUUCGGGGCUCUCACACCCACAGACUGGGGGCUGGGGAGCCGCGGGGCUGCAGCCACUUGCUGGGUCCCCCCUCGCCGAGCCGUGCUGCGGCUCUUGAACUGAACCGCGUCUUAGGGGGCGAGCCAGGUGGAGGGGAGAAGGGGAAGCAACAAGUCCGCCCGCUCCAUCUCCCGGAGGGCGCCCCGUUACACCGCCCCCCCAUCUCCCCAUCUCCUCCCCGUGCACCUGAAAUCUCGCUGACAAGUGGCAGGCGUUUGCAGGCGCCGCUCUUGGGAUACUUCGCAAAGGUUUUUCUCCAGGCGGGUGGGGAGCCUGAGACACUUCCCCCCCACCCCCCCAAAAAAACCCCACCCCACCCCGCUGCUUUGUUUUUGCCCGGCAGGUUUUUUUGGGUCUCGCCCUCUCUCCAGCUGGAUGGUUGGUUUUUGAUCCCUCCCGGGGUGCCUUGAUGAGGUUGCCAAUGAAGGCUUUGCUGCGUGCUCUCUCCUUGCAUUGAAAGCGUGUAACCCAUUUCUGGGCUCUUGCUUUAUUUUUUCAGCUGUUUUUUGCCUCUGUAAACUAGUUGCCCCCACCGGGGGGAAGGGGAGGGGGAGGGCGAGGAAAAGCUGCUACAUCUGCAGGGUGGAAAAGCAUGUUGGGGAAAAGCCAAGAAGCCAAAGGGCAGGAUGGCAACGGGGAGCCGAGCUGCCUUGGGGGACAGCGCUGCUGCCCUAGCUGGACUCUGCCCUCCAGUUCGCUGCUGGCUGCUUUCCUGUCAGUGGUGGCUGUAGCCUCCUGUGUGUAUCUGGGGGUGAAGACCAGUGAUCUACAUGCGAGGGUCUCUGCCAUCGAGAGCGCCCAAGGGGACUUCUCUGCUGCUGCUGCUUCUUACCAGCUGCUGCCCGGCUUCUCCCUGGAUCAGCUAAAUUCAAUGAUGCAAGAAAAAGUGGAGCGACUUCUCGCUCAGAAAUCCUACGAGCAUUUGGCAAAAAUAAGAAUAGCAAGAGAAGCGCCUCCAGAGUGCAACUGCCCAGCAGGCCCUCCAGGGAAACGAGGUAAGAGGGGCAGAAGAGGAGAGACUGGACCUCCUGGUCAACCCGGUCCUCAAGGUCCUCCUGGUCCAAAAGGUGAGAAGGGAGAUCAAGGUGAUCAGGGCCCUCGGAUGGUGUUUCCUAAAAUCAAUCAUGGGUUUCUCUCUGCUGAUCAGCAGCUCAUUAAACGCCGCCUCAUUAAGGGUGACCAAGGACAAGCUGGACCCCCUGGUCCUCCAGGGCCACCAGGACCCAGAGGUCCUCCAGGAGACACUGGCAAAGAUGGCCCCCGAGGGAUGCCUGGAGUACCGGGAGAGCCAGGAAAACCAGGUGAACAAGGGUUGAUGGGGCCUCAGGGACCUCCAGGACAAAAGGGUUCUGUUGGAGUGCCUGGUGUUCCAGGAAUAGAUGGACAUAUGGGUGAGCCAGGUUUGCCCGGCGAAGUGGGAGAAAGCGGAGCACCAGGGCUUAAGGGUGACCCUGGAGAACGAGGAGAAAAGGGUGAUGCUGGAGAAAACGGACCCAAAGGUGACAUGGGUGAAAAGGGUGAUCCUGGAUCUUCUGCUGCAGGAAUUAAGGGAGAACCUGGAGAAUCUGGUCGGCCAGGACAAAAGGGUGAACCAGGUCUUCCUGGGCUUCCUGGACUCCCCGGGAUAAAGGGUGAACCAGGUUUCAUUGGUCCACAGGGAGAACCUGGAUUACCAGGGUUACCAGGAACAAAGGGUGAAAGAGGAGAAGCAGGGCCUCCUGGAAAGGGUGAGCGAGGUGAACCUGGAGUUCCUGGGCCAAAGGGGAAAUCAGGCGAAUCUGGAACUAGAGGCCCAAAGGGGUCAAAGGGUCAUCCUGGAGACAAAGGUGAUUCAGGAGCAAUAGGUCCUAGGGGCCCGCCUGGACAAAAGGGAGAUCAAGGUGCAACAGAGAUAAUUGACUACAAUGGCAAUAUCCAUGAAGCUCUGCAGAGGAUUACCACCCUAACUGUCACGGGUCCACCAGGGCCACCCGGACCUCAAGGAGCACAAGGACCAAAGGGUGAACCAGGAUCCCAAGGAACUCCAGGAGCUGAAGGGGAGCAGGGUCCUAAAGGCUCAAAGGGGGACGUGGGUGAGUCUGGCAUGCCAGGAGAAAAGGGAGGAAUUGGACUUCCAGGCUUACCAGGAGCCAAUGGUAUGAAAGGAGAAAAAGGAGAUGUUGGUUUGCCUGGUCCUCAAGGUCCUUCUAUCAUAGGACCCUCAGGACCACCAGGGCCGCAUGGGUCACCAGGCCCUAUGGGACCCCAUGGACUGCCUGGCCCAAAGGGUAUGGAUGGCCCAGUCGGUCCACAUGGCCCAGCAGGUCCUAAAGGAGAUAGAGGUGAAAAGGGAGCUGUUGGUGACCCUGGACCCAGAGGACCAUAUGGUUUGCCUGGCAAAGAUGGCGAGCCUGGCCUUGAUGGUUUCCCUGGUCCUCGAGGAGAAAAGGGUGACCUAGGCGAAAAGGGAGAAAAGGGGGAAAAGGGAAAGAAAGGCAAAAAGGGGCCUAAAGGGGAGAAAGGAGAACAGGGUGCCCCUGGAUUAGAUGCACCUUGCCCAUUGGGGCCGGAUGGAUUACCAAUGCCUGGCUGUUGGCAAAAGGGAGUCACACCGUGGCUUAUUGCCAAAAAGAGAUAAAGGAGAGGAGAUUAGAAAAAGGUCUUGAAUUUUUGGGGAACACAGUUCCAACUGCAGGUGGAUGGCUUCCAGUUGUGUGGGUCAUGUGCACCCCCCCUUGGUCAAAAAGGGGUCAUGCCUGUUGAUCAGCAUUGGUUUUUCUUGCACUGCUCACUGUCACGAAGACAUUCAAGAUAGAUGGGUUUAGAUGCCAAGUGCUGUCAACUGUUUAACCAAGAAGGAAAGAAGUUUGAAGGAGAAACCAGACUUCCUCUGUGGGCAGUUUGAAAAGGUUGAAAAGAUGCCAAGUGGAUCGUUUGACCGCAGGCCCCAUUUGAGAUUAGAAACUUCUCAGUCUGAUUCAAGGAUUGCAGCACAUAUUGUAUUUUUGGGUUGCUAAAGGAAAGCAUUCUUGGCAAUGGGGAAUCUUAGAACACUCUUCUAUGGACUAAUGAAACUGAUGGGAUCUGUAUGUACUGUAGUGUGUGCUUUGGAUUAUCCAAUUUAAAUUACACGACUCUUGUAUUUUGUGGGGGGGGAAUGAAACAAAAUUAACCAUAGCUUUCAAAACUUGCAGAAGAUUAAUUUCAGUAGCCUCUUUCAGAUUUGUUGUGACAAAUAUUUAGGCAUUGAAGGAAGUACUUCACACCAUGUGUUCCUCUUGUUUCAGUAUUAUCUAUUUUUAGAGUCUCUGAAGCCUUUAAAUUGGAAAAAAAGUUAUUUCAUUUUACUUUCACAAGCUGAUUUAUUCACAUAGUUCUUUUUCUGCAAUUGCAAUGAUCUUGCUGAACAUGGUUACCCAAAGAAUGUAGAAAAGGAGUGAGCCCAAGUGAUUAUCAUGAUAUGGUAGUCACAAUACACUCUAUAAGGUGUAAUUAUUUUUCCAUUUCUGAUCAAGUGACUAGUACACAAAAGAAGCAGAAACUGUUUUGUUUCGCUGCAUUUUGAUUACUGGAAACAUUGAAUUGGUGCAUAGUUUGUAGUUUGAGCCUCCCUGAAAAUUUGUUUGUUUCAGUUACAGUUUUGAGUCUUCAUAUGGUGUAUUUGUGGUCAGAUUAAGAGAUUAAUUUGCAUGAAACAAUUCUGUAUUUGAUAGAUGCAAAUCCUUUUUAGAUCUGUUCAAAUAAUGUGCAUAUUGAGAUGAUCACAAACUUUUAAUAUACAUUUCUGAGAGUUCAUUUUAUAGGCAGACCAAAAACAGAGUUGCAGAAAAAGAGUAUUUCUCCAUCAAUGUUUAGGCACCCUGCCAUUCCUGGAAAUAUGCAUAAUUUGUUGCUCAGUGGGUUUGUAGAUCAUCUGGAAGUGGGGACCUUUCAUGAUUUCACUCUCAAGUGGAUAGUUACUACUACAUUAGAAUCUCAAGUCACUAGAACCCACACUGUAGGCAUUUCUUUCAUUCUGCAUAAUAUUUUUAAUGCCGUUUCAAUAUAUCAAAACCAUGUCAAGAAAAUAGCUUUUCAAGGAGAGAGAAUAAUUAAUUUUUUUACUUCUAUAAAGAUGAUUUCUUUCAUAAGUCUCCAUUUUAGUUUCCUAGAGAGAGCCUGCUUCCAGGUGCAAUUGUUUUUUAAAAGGCCCAGUGAUGUUUUGCUAGAAAUGGAUGUUUUACUCUACUUAAAAAGUAGUAACAACCACCACCAACAGCUUGAUCUUGCAACCCUUGCACAGGCUUGUUAUGUACUGUUUUAAGUCUGAGUGUUCCAGUAUGGAAGUUUCACCCAUGAAGGGGAUUACAGGAACGGGCAAAAGCAGCAUUCCACCCUGCCACCUCCGAGUUUUAUUCUGGUUUCUUGGGAAACCUUCAGGCUGUCCUCUUAACAGGAGAGAAUCCUGCUGUCCAUGUCCUAAAAUGACACAUAAUGAUUAAGUGCAUUAUGCAUAUGGGGACUGGAAGUAGCAUCUUUCUGUGGCACACCAAUUUCUGGGAACCACCAGCAGCAAGUUACUGGACUAGAUGGUCUAUUGUCCAGUGCAGUAUGGUAAUUCCGAUCUUCUAAUGAGAAAAAUUGCCCCGUUAGCUAAGACAUUAAGAUAAAUAGCAUGGAGUCCGCUAGUUUUAGUGAAAAAAUCAGGAUACAUGCAUGUUCUCCCUCACAUUCUGUGCUUGCAGAAUAAAUGAGGAAGGUUACUACCAUGUUAGCAUGCUGAAUAUGGUCGCAAAAACUUGGAAUUGCCCAUGAAAGUGAGUCAUUUCAAGGCGUUCGCACCAAGCUAACGCACUAUUAAAUGCGUGCUGUCCCUUAUCACCCCAAUAUUUUUUGCUGUACCUGACUUGACAUCAACUUUAUAAAUCCUCUUUUGUAAACAAGAAAAGCAUGAGCCUUCAUUCCGAUACUUGUGUUGAGGCUCCCCUCGUGUGGAAUAUCACCGUACAUACAGUUCUGGUGAUAGUACUUGGUGACUUCAACACAGGGCACAUUCAGCUCUGGUGUAAGUGUGCGAUAGUCAGUAACACAAUGACCCACAGAAUACCUGUAUCUGUAAAUUUAAAAACAAAAAUAAGUAACAUAAAUUGCUUAUUUUUACUCCCUCCGGGUAAGAAUGCUUCUGCUGUCUGUUAACGGUGUCUUGGAUUUUGGCUAACGUCAGGAAAGGAUCAUUCCACUGAAAUGACAGGGUAGACAUGCAGCGUUAUCAAUAUAACCAGUCAGAUUAGAAUAGUAAUACAUACCUAUUAAGUGGUAUUGAAAAGGUGCCUACAGCAUGCAAAGCAGGGGGGAAUCUAGAAAAGGUUGAUGUGUAGUAUAGACAAAAUAGCUCAAGUUGAAUAUUUCAUAACGAAAAGCACCCUCUGAAGACUUGCAACAUGUUUGUUUAGUUUAAAGACAAUUGGUUUUGGUGCUAUUACCGGUAUAUCAUUGUUUUUGUUUGGCAGUACAGCUUUGGUUCGAACCACCUUUUUUUUAUUAUUACAGUUUUAAUAGCAUUCCUCAUUUGCUUUGUUUAAUUUUGUGAAUAUGCAGAAACAGUGGUUCAUCUACCAACCUUUUUAGUUGUAAAAAUGUGUAGAGGACAUGAAUUUACUUAGGUUUUGUAUCCUUCGCUUUGUUUUUGUGAUUAUUUCUUGUUCCUUUGUUUAAGGUUUUCAGUAUUUGUUUGGUACCAAUCUUCUUAUGUAUCUUUAACUUAAGUGUAUUGCAGUCACAUUGAACAGUGGCCUUUUGUCUUUAUUUUCAUAAGCUAAUUACGGAGGGGGGGGGGAGAACUUUCUUACAGGAUGCUUUUAAACCUCAUUUUUACAAAGUAAAGCCUGAAACAUUCGUUCACGAUAUUGAUAAGUUAUUUUUCUUUUAAUAUUUUUUUAGUGUAUUGGUGAUUUUGAUGUCACUGUCUGACAAUCUGGUGAGGCAGAAUGACUCUGUGCAUCCAGCUGUUGUUAUAUGUGUGUUCUCUGUAUACCAUAGAAGUAUUCUUGGAAAGUUUGAAAGAGGUCAAAUCAGCAUGUCUGCAUCCAUAAAAAGAAGUAUAUGUGCUCUAAUAGCUUAAAACGGGUUAUCUUCAAGAGUCAGUGUUAUGUACAGUGUGAAAAAUUGAAGCUUUAUAAUAUUGAAUACACACAAAUUAGGUACCUCUGUGUAUUUGUUGUCUGAUGAUGACAGUGGGACAUACUACAACCCUGCCUCUGGCAGUUCUUAACUGCUUAAGAGCAGACAGUGUGGUCUAAUGGCUAGAGCACUGGGCUGGGAGUCAGAGGAAAUGGGGUGAAAUCCUGGCCCCAUUGAAGAGAAUGGGAGUUGUUCCAUUGACUUACACCAUGGUUUCAUUCCCUGGAUUCUAUUCCCAGCUGUGCCACUGCCAUGCUGGGCAAGUCACUUCACUGUGUGCCUCAGUUUCCCCACAUGUAAAAUGGGGAUAAUGAUACUACUUACCUCCUUUGUAGAGUGUUUUGAGAUCAACUAAUUACAAGUGCAUAGAAGAGCUAAGCAUUAUUAAUCGUGAGAGAAAAUCCAUUGACUUCAAUGGGACUGUGGAUGCAGGAACAAUAUCGCUUUUCUGAAAACGAAUAAGGUCCUACAGGACAUGCAGAAGUUGACAUUUUCUUUCAAACUUCCUUACCUCCACUACUUGUCCAUCAUACAAAUGUAUUGGUAAAUCUGUAUCUUUACAUUUUACCUGAGGAGAAUACUUCAGUUUUUACAAAGGGAAAAAAAAAAUAUCUCACAGAAGUUCUGAUCUUUGCAAAGAGACACGUCAGAAGCAAGCAUGGAGUAUGGUGGUUCUGGAUUCUGAUUCAUUUUCCUGGGGCCAUUAAAAUAAUAAGCCUAUCAUCUGAUUGUUUUCUUUCAUAUGGCAACUUGUUUUUAUGAAUCGAUGUUACAGUAAUAUGAAAACAAAGAUUCUCUCAAACCUUCUGUUAUUGAAGUAUUUUACGUGGUGGUUGCAUUAAUUAAAUGACGUUGCAAACAAGUGUCUGCCACCUUCAUUUCUGAUAGAAUUUGAACAUAGAUUCCACUUCUUUUGUGGAGUAACAUAUUAAAAAUAACCUUCUGGAGUGUUGUUUGUUUUGUAAUUUUAAAUAUAUCAAGUUAAUGCUGCUUAGAAACAAUUGUCUUUCUUUGGAGAAUGGGGGCCUUACCCAACCUGGGACCUUUAGUGUUUUAUUUGUUUAACCAAGAAGUUAUAUGAAUUUCCCAGAUACCAUUGGUACUUGCACACUUCUCUGAAGUAUUAUUGAAGAGGUUGGUUUGUAGAAGAAGAAUGUUUACAUAUUGUUAACAUUUAUGUGAAUAUUCUUAUAUUAUUGUACAUGUUUGGGAAAAUAUAAUAUCAUACUGCCUAAUAACAUUUUUUAAAGAUGUAUGUAUCUGACUUUUUUUCCUUUGGAAAAUAUUAUAUAUUUUUAUUUGUAUUUUUUACUUUUUUCAUCUAUAAGUGCAGUUAUUUUUGUAUUGCAAAUGGUCUCUUGUAAGUACAGUAGAGGACAUGAAAAUGCAAUGAAAAGUAAUUUGGCAAGAGUUACACUGCUUUUGGGAAAACAUUGGGUCAGUCUCAUGUAAUCAGUUCUGUUACAACUCUUUGGAGUGUCUUAUCACUGUAAAUAAUGGCACAAAACCUGUUUUGCCCAGUAGUGUAAAUAAUUGCAAUGUUUAAAUAAUCCAUUUUAAUUUGUUAUUUCCACUUUAUUGUGGCCUCUGGUUCAAAUGGCAUGGUUUUGGUUUUGUUUUGAAAGUUUCUCCUUGGUUUUCAGUUUUUAAUAUUGUUUUGUUUUGAGUUUUGUACUUGGGUUUUUGGUCCUAGCUUGUGAGAAGUUGAUCUUCAGAAUUAUUUUUACACUAUUUAUGACUUAUUUUCAUAAUGUAAAAAGUGUGUAAUUAUUAAAAUAUUAAUCCAACCAUU